AUAACCAAAAGAUGUAACGGUCUAUAUAUACUAAAAUUUGUCACUGUUCUUUACCUUCCACUCUUGAGUCCAAACAGGUUCAAACUGAAAGAAUGCAGGCUCUUCAGGUUCUGUCUCUGACUUUGCUGUCCGUGCUGGCGGUCAGCGCUCAGUCCAUCAGCUCUGGAAAAUGUCCAGAACCUCCUGUUCAGCAAAACUUUGAUCCUACUAGGUACAUGGGCAGAUGGCAUGAGAUCAUGAAGAUUCCAUCCCCGUUCCAGUUGGGCGAGUGUUGCCAGGCCACUUACACUCUGAGUGACGGCAUUGUCCUGGUUCGAAAUGAUGAGCUACUUGCUAAUGGCACUAUCAGCUUCAUUGAGGGAACUGCCAAGAUUGUAGAUGCAUCAGAGCCUGCCAAACUUGAAGUCAGCUUCUUUGAAGAUGCUCCUCCUGGCCCCUACUGGGUGCUGGCUACUGAUUAUGAUGAAUACACCCUGGUUUACUCGUGCUCUGAUUUCUCCGGUCUCUUUCACAUUGAGUAUUCCUGGAUCAUGAGCAGGACACGCACACUUCCCAAGGAGACCGUCUCUGAGCUGUUAGACAUCCUCAAAUCCCAAGGCAUCAAUACUGAUGUUUUUACUGAGACCGACCAGAGACCGGGACUGUGCAGUGGGAUGCCUUAAUACUUGAAUAAUGAGCUACUGAGA